AUGAGGUUCCAGUGCAUGGCAGAACGAGGCCCGCAGCGGCUUAAUGUCAUGCACUCAGCCAAGGACCCGGGAGCGGGGAAGAUCCGGGACGUGGCCUCCUUCCGCCGCCACUUCCGGAUGGGCUUCAUGACCAUGCCGGCCUCGCAGGAGCACGCACCCCACCCCUGCACCAGCGGCAUGGCGCCCCGCUCCCUCUCCUGCCACUCGGUGGGCAGCGUGGAGAAUGGUGAGGGGGCCGCUGGCGCCAGGAAGCCCCCGGCCAAGCCCAAGCGCCACCCCAGCACCAAGCUCAGCAUGGCAGGCGAGGGGCGGGCGGCAGAGCCGUCCGGCAGCAAGAAAACCGGCCCCCAGAAGUCAUGCUCCGAGAGCCGGGAGCUGGGGCGCAAGGUGCCCCCCCAGAAGCCUAAGCGCAGCCCCAACACCCAGCUCUCGGUCUCCUUUGACGAGACCUACUCCAGCCGCCCCCUGGCGACCCCCACGGGUGGGGGGCCACCGCCGCGGUUCGGCCGGGCCUUUUCCCACGGCCACAGCAAGGGCUCAGACCCCGAGGACGAGGAGCCCGUCUAUAUCGAGAUGGUGGGGGACGUUUUGCGGGGCGCCGGGAGGCCCGCGGCGGGGGAGGAGGACUCCGAUGAGAGCGAGGCGAUCUACGAGGAGAUGAAGUACCCACUGCCCGAGGAGGCCAACGGCGUGCCCGCCUCCCCCCGCCCGCACCAGGCCUCCCCCUGCGACAUCCCCCCACCUUUCCCCAACCUGCUCCAACACCGCCCGCCCCUGCUGGCCUUCCCCCAGGGCACGGGGCACAAAGGGUACAAAGCGGGCACCCAGGACGCCUCCAAGCUCCCCGUGCCCUGCCACGCCAAGGAGGCGCCGGCUGCGCCCCAGCCGCCGGGGCACCCAGCCCUGGUGCCCUCCGGCCGCGCCCGCAGCCACUCCACCCCGCUACCCCCGCAGCCGGCCGGGCAGCAGAAGGCGGAGAAGGAGCUGCCCAGUUCCCACAGCAUGAUCUGCCCCCCAGCCAAGCCGCUGCCCUCCAUGCUGCCCGUGCCGCAGCCGGCCAAGGACAAGCCGGCGGUGUCCUACACCAUGGUGUACUCGGCUGUCAAAGUCACCACCCACUCGGGGCUGCCAGCCGAGCAGAAGACGGAGAAGGAGAUCUCGGUGCUGCACGGCAUGCUGUGUGCCCGGCCGGCCACCGUGCCCGUGGGCAAGCCGGCCCCGCGCCCCGCGCCGCCCCUGGGCAUGCUGUGGACUUACCCAGCCCCCUGUGGGGGGAUGAAGCGCCCGCCGGCCUACGAGAGUGUCAAAGGGGCCGGGGCCGGGGCCAAGGCGGCGGCGGCGCCCGUGGUGAAGUUCCAGCUGCAGGACCGCGGGGCCUUCGCCAGCAUCGCCUGCUCCCACGUGGUGGCUGGCGCCGACGAGGAGACGCUGGGCGUGGGGUGGGCGCUGCAGCGGAAAGGUCUCUACGCCAACCGGAAAGGCAAGGAGCCAGAGAAGCCCGCCGAGGGCACCCGGGUCUGGAACGGCAGCGGCGAGGCGCAGUUGAAGCUGGACAGGGAGGAGAAAGCCCUGGCGGGGACCUCGCUGUCGGGGAUCCCUGUGCGGGCCCCGGGACCCGAGGGAAUGGUGCCCAAGAUGCCGGGCUGCCGAACGGGGCUGCCUGUGCCAUGCCAGACCUUCCCUGCCUGCCACCGCAACGGAGACCUCACUGGAGGUUACCGCCUGGGCCGGUCGGCUUCCACCUCUGGGGUGCGACACACCGUGAUUCACACACACAGGCCGUGCAGCCACCCCAAAGACGCAGCCAGCCUGGGCCUGCCGCCCCUGCCCGGGGUGGCGCCGGGCACCCAGGAGCGGGACGGGAAGCUGCUGGAGGUGAUCGAGCGGAAGCGCUGCGUCUGCAAGGAGAUCAAGGCCCGGCACCGGCCCGAGCGCAGCCUCUGCAAACAGGAGAGCAUGCCCAUCCUCCCCAGCUGGCGCCGCACCACGGACACCCGCAAGGCGGGCACGCCGCCCUGCCGGCGCCAGCACACGGUGCUGUGGGACACGGCCAUCUGA